UUAUUAAAACAAUUGAUUUGUAAAUCAAAUUUUUCAAUAGAUUUCUGGAUUGAAUUGAUUGAUGAGUUUUGUUGAGACAAAUCAAAACCCAACUGAAGAUUACUUGCGAAGACAAUGACCACAACAACGACAGCAAUGAAUGACUCGUUUGAUCGUUUCGGCGAUGAUUUGGCGGAACUAUUGCUUCAAUAUCUGUCAAUCGAUGACAAACUUAGACUACAAUCGGUAUCCAAACAGUGGUUGGCAUUGAUAUUCACCGGUCAAACACAUCUAGUAUUGGAUGAAAAACUAUUCAAACGGAUGUCUUUCGAGAUGACCGUAAAAAAUGUUAAAAAGUUAAAACUGUUUGAAACGAUUGUUAAAAAGUGUCCAAACAUUACAAAAGUUAAUGUAAGAGAUAUCAAUUUCUUUGACGGUUUACUGGAUCUGCUUAUCAAAUACUGCAACCAAUUGACACACUUAUCAAUAAAACAAAAGGUUACUGAAGUCUGGCCGGUCGUAGAGCCGAUAUUUGCGGAGUUUAUCGAGCGAUUUGGCCAACAAUUGAAGACAUUCAAGUUUGACGGCAAUAAUCAACAAUUCAAUCGACAAUUAUUGUACAAAGUUUGCGAUCGAUUGUCUCACUUAAAGACAGUGGAGAUCACUGGAAAUGACGAUUUAUUUACCGAUAGUCACUUCCGGGUCAAUCGGUUGCCGAUUGGAUUGAAAUCGUUUAACGUAAAACUAUCGGACAAACAAUCGCUGACAUUGUUUAGCAAAUUUGCCGACUCUUAUGGCCAACAGAUACGAACGUUGAACAUAUCGGUGAUGUGUGCGAUGCUAUCAAACAACGAUAAUCAGUCCGUAGUAAUCGGUUUGUUGUCGAAAAAAAUGCCACAAUUAAGACUAUUUUCGCUGAUUUUGUUGACCAAAAUUGACGGCCAACUAAUGGACAAACUAUUAGUCGCAAUCAAUAAAAAUCUAACACAAUUGAGACAUAUGGCGUUGAUUUGUUAUACCGAUGAUAACGGUUGCGGCAAUCAGUUGACCAGCGAUCGACUGAAUCGUAUGCAUAGGUUAACACUGUUAACAAUAUUCUGGAACCAAUCGGUAAUAAAUUGCGAUAAUUUUUGCCGCAAUAUUCAUCGCAAUCUACCGCGUCUACAAUCGCUGGCCAUUAGCGGUAUGGCGUCUAUAAGUAUCGCUACGAUCGUAGAGUUGGUAUCGUUACCGCAUUUGUCUGAUCUACUUAUCGAUGGCGAACCAAAACAGUCGACAUUAAACCGACCUAUUAUUGAAACGAAUUUACUAUCGAAUGAUAGGUCGAAAAUCAGACAAUUGUAUAUCAAAUACAUGGAUCUGUUUGAUGGUGAGGUCAAAGUGUUUAUGUUUGGAAGAAAAUUGUGUUAAGUAUUAAAAAAAAAAAAAUAACAACAAUUUUUUUGUUAACUG